AAUUUUGUUGUUAAUUAUUACUAUUCAUUACUUUAUUACUCAUUUAAUGUAAAAAAUAAUUUUCCACACGUUGUAUUUAAAUACUUUGUAGUUGUAAUACAUAUUUUUAAUUGUUUUUACGAUUUAAAUUUUUUUUUAGUAGUAUGAAUUUCCCUGCACUUAAAAAUGAUCGUAUCUUACGAGCAGCUAGAGGUGAAGAAGUUGAUCGUAUUCCAGUAUGGGUAAUGCGACAAGCUGGUCGAUAUUUACCUGAAUUCAGAGAAUUGCGAUCGCGUUACGAUUUUUUCACUAUAUGCCGAACACCAGAACUUGCAUGUGAAGUCACUUUGCAACCAAUUCAGAGAUACGAUCUCGAUGCUUCCAUAAUUUUCAGUGAUAUCCUGGUGAUUGUUCAGGCAUUAGGUAUGAUUGUUGAAAUGCAGCCUAGUGUUGGACCUGUGAUUCCAGAUCCUUUAAAGGAACCUAUAGAUUUAGACAGACUAAAGCAAUCAAUUGAUGUUAAACAAGAAUUAGGAUAUGUAUUUGAAGCUAUAACAUUGACUAGACAUCGAUUAAAUGGCCAGGUACCUCUUAUAGGAUUUAGUGGUGCACCAUGGACACUCAUGUGUUACAUGAUAGAAGGAGGUGGAUCCAAAACUAUGUCAAAGGCUAAAAAAUGGCUGUACAAAUAUCCAGAAGAAAGCAAAAGAUUAUUACAAAUCCUAACAGACAUUAUAGUGAAAUAUUUAAUAGAGCAGGUGAAUGCUGGUGCUCAAAUGUUGCAAGUAUUUGAAUCAAAUGCAGAAUACUUGAAUUCCGAACUAUUUGACAGAUUUAGUGGUCCAUAUCUGUCCUCCAUUUGUUCACGCGUUAAAAACGAGUUGAAAGGUAAUAGUGUACCAAUGGUAGUGUUUGCCAAAGGAGGUCACUAUGCUAUCAAACAACUAUCUACUUUUGACUAUGACAUAGUUGGUUUGGAUUGGACAAUUGAUCCUGUUGAAGCUAGGAAAAUUGUUGGUAGUAAUAUAACAUUGCAAGGCAAUUUAGACCCUUGUUCGUUGUACGGCCCGCCUGAACAAAUAAAAAUAAUGGUCAAGGAUAUGGUGUCAAAAUUUACAAAACAUAGAUACAUUGCAAAUUUGGGUCAUGGUAUCUACCCUGAUGUUGAUCCAGAACACUUGAGGGCUAUGAUUGAUGCUGUACAUGAAUGUUAAGAAAAUCUGUGUAUUCUUUUUUUAAAACCAAACUAGAAAUUUUAUUUCUAUUAUUUAGUUGAUUGGGUUAAAUGGAUAAUAUUUUAUUUUUGUAAUAUAUCAAUGUUAUUAAAGAAAGUACAAUACAUAA